CGACGCGAAAAGGGGAAAAGCGUUUAUGAUAUUAAGAACCAGUAAGUUUUGACACGAAACCCAGCACCGUUUUGUUUUGACAGAUGUGUUUGGAGAUGGUGCCGAAUAUUGUGUCAAGCUUUGAGACCCGAGCUGUAAAUGGAGCCAUAUAAUCUGAGACUUCAGCAGCUAACCUUUAAUGAAGACCAGCUUCAGGAUGGUAGCCUUGAUUCAUUCAGCAAUGUGAUACACUAUGACUCAGCUCUGUUAGACCAGACCACAGGCAAGAAACAAAGUACAACAGAGGUUGAGAACUCCAUACAGUUUGCAUGGUUAAACCCAAAGCAAGCUCAUAAAUCCCAGAAGCUUUUCCUUCCUACACCAUUCCAAGAAGUGCAGACAACUCUAUCCUCCAAAGAGAGUUUCCUCCCUUCCCCAUUCCAAGACCAGCAUCCUCAGCAAGAUUUGCAAGCUGGACAAAAUAUUGAUCAGGUAGCUGAGAAAAAGACUGACGAUUUUGCUACAGAGAUUAAUCAGCUUAUCAAAGACGUAUACUCCGAGGUCGAAGUACCGUUUAAUCCUCUUCAGGAACAGAAAACUAUCCCUGACUGGAUAUUUCUUCAGCAAAGCUUGCACCAAGGUGAAGACCGCAACAGUAGCAGAGAAGUUGAACACUUUAUAGCGCAGCCAAGUCGUGUAAAAGUAACACACGUGUACAACCAGACAGUUUGGUCGCAGGUACCGGCCACAGCCUCCUAUGAUACACCACAUAUCAGUAAACCACAGGUGAAACUGUCCGCCAGUGAUAUUGUGGUUAAGGGGACUGAUAUUAAUACCCUACAACAGAUAUCAUCAAACACAACUGCAGCAAGACAGUACCACAGACCUAGCAGGAUGGCAGAUAAAGGAACUGAUGCUGGGAAUGGGAAUCCAUCAGAACCAUUUGAGUCUGUAGCAGAGGCCUUACACUUACAGCAGUCUGUUAUAGGUAAUAGUGGAAACAUAACACCAGUAUCUGCGGAUGUGGUAGCUCAAAUUGUUGCUGAGGCUGAACGUAAAAUAAAGUUAGGUCAGGCUGUGACGCCGACUCCACUAGACGCACAUAUACAGAAAUCUCCAUCAUUUGGGACAUCAACCACAGCAGGAGCAGCUACAGAUCAACCAGACCAACCCUCAUUCAGUCUUCCUCCAGCACCAAGGCUCCCUGAUGCCGCCACAACCAGGGAACUCAUCCGUAUUCACUCCCUGGAUAUCACACGUUCCUCAGGCGGAACUGCAAGAGAACAAGAACCAACAUCUCUUCCACAACAGCCACCUGGUUUACCAUCUCCACACACAAACAGUGCAGGUAGAGAAACAAAUCCCCAAUCUGGUGAUAUAUCAUUGCCAAACAGGGUUCCCAUUAGCCAUGUGCCAAAUGAACAAAAAACUCAUAUACCUCAAACUACAGCAAGUGCACAAAAUACAAGACCAGUACCUACACAGGGCAUGGAAAAUGUUCCUGAUGAUAAUCAAAGUGUAGCAAGCUUCAAUAGUGAACUGGAAUCUUUGACAGAGAAUGCUACAGACAGUUUCUUGCAGUCACUUCCACCAUUAAGACAUGUAAAUCUAAGUGACAUAAUGCCCGAACCUAAAGUACAAGAUAUGCAACACUCUCCUCCUGUGAAGGAGACUUCAUUUAGACCCUUGAAUGUUAAAGUUGAUGCUGUGCAAAGUGAUGUUAUGCAACAAAGCCCAGCCUUUCAAACAUUUGUGACAGACAGUGGUGUGUUCUCACCAGAAUCAGUAGGAGUUGUUUCCCCUGCUUCAAAUACUCUUCCUCAAAAUAAAACCAGGUUUGUCAUUCCAAAACCAGGUCCUCUAUUCCAGAGUACACCAAGAAAGGCUAUAAACAUUAGAGAACAUUUACAAAAGCCAGUUCAUUCCAGUAAUACUGAAACUAGUUCGCAGAUUGAAGAAGUCCGAAGGGAAAAAGCGAAACUUGAAGGCCAGUUGGAGAUGCUCUCUAUUGAAGCUCAAGCAACUUUGCAAGAAAGAGCAGAGCUACAAGCACAAGUAGCAUCUCUUAAACUUAAACUGAUGAGCCAGAAGACUCAGAGAAAUGAUGCAGAAAAUGAUGUGCUGAAAGCUGAUCUUGAAAGUCUGAAACAGUUGAGAAUCUCCCUGGAACAGUCAGUGUCUGACCUACAGAGACAACUUGAAGAAAGAUCUGAAGAGGGACGGAAUCUACAAGAAGACCUAAACCAGUCACAAGAACAGUGUGACAAACUGAAUCUCAGAAUGACAGAAAUAAGGGAUGAAUUGAGGACAAAAGAGGUCACUAUUCAGGCUCUUAAGAAUAAAGUAGCAGAACUCUAUGUGGAAGUACAGACUUCAAUGCAUACUAAAAUGGAAGCUGAUAAUGAGGCGAGGUCAGCUAAAAGCGAACUUGUGUCUCUGCAGAGUACAAAAGACUGGUACCAGCAGCAGUUAGAAAUCGCUUCAAAGGCCAGGUCAGAACUUCAGAAAGAAUUGACCAUGUUACAAGCACAAGCUGUGUCACAGUCAAGUAUCAUUGAUAGAUUAAAAUCUGAAAACACAAAACUUAGACAGCAGUUUACAGACAUUCAGAAUAAAGCUCUGAAAGAAAAGGAACUGCUUGCUAAACAUUUAGAGACUAUAGAAAGUGACAUGAUGGACAGGGAAGCAGCAUUUCAAGAAAUCCAGAGAGAAAGAUCAUUUUUGGAAGAUACAUUUAACACAAAAAUUCAAACUGCAGAGGAUGAAAAGAAUAGGAUCAGUUUAUUGAUGCAGAUGACAAAUGAUCUAGAAAACCAACUUGACAAAGCACACAGUGACUUAAAGAAGAAACAAAACCAGAUUAUUCAGUUAGAAACUGAAAAUAUUGAGUUGAUGAAAAAACUUAGUUUGUCACAAGAAACUGUUACAGAGAAAGAGACUAUGGUUGAAGAUUUAAAACAUAAUUUGAUUGAAUUAGAUGCUAGGCUAAAGGCUUUUCAGAACAGUAUGGUGAAUAAAGAUACUGAAAUUCUUCAACUGAAGGAAGAAAAAGCAAAGACUGAGAUAGCACUGAAUGCUGCAUUGCUGGAAAAGUCUUCAGUAGAUAAAGUUCUAGAUGGACUGAAAUCUGACAUGGGGAAGGUUGAAUCAAGUUUCAAACUUAUGAGGCAGGAAUUGAACACAAAGUCAUUGGAAGUGACUAAGAUAAGGUCUGAUGGUAAGAGUUCAGAAGAACAGGUUGAAAAAUUGAAAACUGAACUUGAAAAUGAAAGGAGAAGCUAUGAGCUUACUAAAUCUGAAUUUGAAAACAAAUCUGAGCAUAUUAAUGAACUACAAGGUCAGAAAGUUAAGUUAGAGAGUGAAGUAUUGGUGCUUAGGGAAAAAUUGUCUUCCAUGGAAGUUUCACAUGAGGAGGCAAUGAGGGAAAAACAGAUUCUUGAUACAGAGUUGGGUGCUACUCGAGAAAAACUUGAAGAAGUUAAUCAGAAACUGCGAAGUGAAAAUGAAGUAGAACAAGAAAGGUUGCAGAAAUCUAGUGUUGAUGAUAGUGAAUUUAAAAAAGUGCAGGAUGAAUGUGUUCAGCUGAGAGAAAAAGUUGAAGAAAUGAGUAAAGAUGGUAAAAAGGAUUUGAUGAAGCAGAAAGCUAAAUCUGCUAAACUCAGUCAAGAUUUAAAUGCUGUGAAAACUGAACUCAUGGAACGUCAGAAAACAUUUGAUGAGAAUAUUGAAUUACUUAGUGCUAAGCUUCGGGAAGUGGCGACAGAAAAAGAAAAAUUGGAAACAGAAUUGACAAUGGUACAUAGGAAGUAUGAAUUCAGUAUGCUGGAACAGAAGGACCAAAUUGGAGCAGAACUACAGAAAUUGGCAUCAGAACUACACCAGGUCCGUCUGGACAAACAUACGUUAGAGUCUCAGUUUGCAGAGCUUCAGCAUGCACGAGAUUCCGACCUCAACCAGUACCAUCAGCAGUUGUCUGCCCUUGAGGAGGAUUUACGUCUUGCUCUAGAGUCACAGAGAGAGACAGCUGUAACGGAAGAGACUAAUACAGAACUGCUGCUGAAACUGGAGAAAGAGAAAGGCAGAUUGGCAGGUCUGAUGCAGAGUAAUGCCACACUGAAGCAGCAUGUAGCACAACUUGAGGAAGCUCUGGCCUCCAGGGAGUCUACCCUGGUAGAGAUGCAGGCCCAGUGGACACAGAACAUGAGAGAGAAAGAGUUGGAGUCUCACGAGAGCCUCAAGAGGGUGCAGGCACUCGAGGAAAGUCUACAGAAAGAGAAAGAUGGUCAGAGGGAAAUUAGAAAACAAAUUGGCCUAAAGAUCACAGAUAACAAGAAGUUGAAGCGUCUUAAUGAUGCUCUCAAACAGGACCAGGAUCAGUUGAAGCAGGAUGUAUCCCUGCGUGAACAGGAAAUUUCCAUGCUACAGACUGAGCUAGAAACCAGCAAAGAGGAAGUGAUAGCUAGACAGGCAGAGAUUACCUCCCUUGAGACAGAGAACAAGUCUGUCCAGAGGGAGUUAGAGCGGGUACAACAACAGUUGUAUGAUAACCUGGCCAGGGAACCAGUCAUCCAAGAACAAAUUAAGAGUCUGGAAUGGCAGUUAGAACUGAAAUCAAAGGAACUGGAAGCUGUUCAAACGCAGGCAAAGCAUUCAGAAGAUAGACUUCUGGCUGAGACAGAGAGCAUCAGACAUCUUCUACAUGAAAAGACAAGUGAGAUAGAGAAUUUGAAGAUAGAUAUUGCCACUAUGAAACAUGAUAAACAAGUACAACAGGCAAAGGUCUCUGAACUGAGAAGUGCUCUCAAAUCUUCUAUCCAGUAUCACAAGUUAAUUCAGAAGAUGAGCAAGCUUCAGUCUGUGAGUGGUUCAGGAGAUGCUGGUACAACAGAAUUACCUCCCUUACCUUUUGAUAUUGCUGACAUGGAUAAACUGCUGCAAGAAACUACAGUCAGGGCAUUGGAGAGCAAACCAUUAGACAACCUACAAAACUGUUUACUGAAUCUUCGAUCAGAAAUCUCCGGGCUUCAGGCACAAAUGGAUGUACAUAACAGUACAAUAGAGACCUCAACCAAUACCUGGAGCACAAUAGAACAGCAAGUAGCGGAGCUGACGCACGCUGUACAGACUAUCAGUAACACCACAAUGAAUACAUCAACAACAGCAUCACUGGCAGCUGCAGCAGUGGACAUGGUGGACAAGUCAAUGGGAAUUAUAGAUGUAUAAUAUGUAUAAUUACUAGUUUCGUUAAAAAUACACAAGUUGUGGAGCUGACACAUGCUGUGUAAGCAAUUGGUAGUGCAAUUGUGGCAUCAAUGGCAGGUGGCACCUGUUGACAUUACGGACAAGUGAUUGGGAGUUAUAGAUAUAUAACUACAUGUCUCUACUUAAAUAAUACAGGCUGCAAAGAAUUAGUGUUAAUAAAUGAACCAUAUAUGGUAGACUUUACUGCAACUCAGUCCAUACGACUGUUGGCCUCUGUUGAUGAGGGAGGGGAUAAGGUUGCUUAAAAACACAGCAAAACAAACCAGUUAAUACAAAUACAUUUGAAAAGAUCCUUCAGAAAUUACAUGGAUUAGAUCAUUUAUGUAUUUUGUUUUCUUUAGACCAGUUACUCGUGUUGUUGGAUAGCAUGGUGCUAUGUUGUAGUGUCAAAAUGUUUCAUUAAAUUGUUGUAAUAUAGAUUUUAUAUUUUAAUUGACUGUUGAAAUUUUAACUUGUUACUGGAUCUCUGUAAUUUACUUUGUCAAGAUGAUUUUGUGUAUCUAUCAAAUACUUACACAUCGAUGCAUACACUGCUGUAUGACUCCCUUCUUUUAAAAUGGCUAUACCUGUAGGAGGGUUAUCUUUGUUUUUGUGAUUUACAUUUUAGAUGUAUGGUUACGUACAUCAUGUUUUGACAAAAGGAAAUUGCAGUUAUGUAGAAAUUACCUGUUAGAUCUCAGUCAUCAAUUAAAUCACCUUUAUCAUAAAAAUUUUCAGGUUUGGUAAUCAUUAUUUUUGAUUUAUUAUUCCCACUAAAGCAAACAAUUUAUUAAAAGUGGGAAUAUUUUGAUUUCUGAUUAUAUCAGUUGUCUUUUCCACUAAACUGUGAAAUUGUUCAAUAUUAUGGUUUUUGUCAAAACAGCUAUUUUGUGGGGAAAUGAAUUUGUGGAUUUCUAAUUUUGAACAUAAAAUAAAAAUUUUACUUGCAUUAAAUUUCUUACUUUGGUUCAACUCCGAAAAGUAGUCCCUUUGAAUGUUAAUGAUUUCACAGUAUUUGAGUCAAAAGCUUUUUCCAUUCAACACAUUAUAUUUACAUUUACCCUAUUCUUUUCCAUCAAAAAUUAUGAUAUUCAUUUUGUAUGAACAGCAAAAGGAAAGGUGCGAAAGUUAUGUCAUCACUGCGACUGCAGUUUUGAUGUCUGUGUAUAAUACUAUAGUCAGGGAGAACGUUCCUUAGAUGACGUCACAGUUGUUCCGUCUGGUGAACAGAAUGUCCAGGAAGCUGAUUUUGAUGUUAAAUGCCACAAAAUAAGUGCAAUUUAUAAUAUCUUGUUUCAAAUGGAAAGGAAAUAUAAUGUAAAUAUAAGAAAUGGAACUAUUUUUUUUCGGUGUUCAUGUAAAAUGAACGACAGAAUAGGCUAGCGUGAUUCAUGCAUUUGCCGAUUAUAUUCUGUCGUUCAUUUUGCAUGAACACUGAAAAAAACCAUUUCAAUACUUAAUUACAUUUCAAGUAGCAACUUUAGUUUUACAUUUAAAGUCAGUACAUUUUUCUUUUUUUCUUCUCCUUAAAACAUGUUUUGCCAAGAAUUAAAACGAGUCACGAGUAAUUCUAAAAGCAAGAGGUACUGUAACUCUUACACAUCAUAUUUCCAAAUUUCUGUUCAGAUUGUAAAAUUGAGUGAUGUGAAAAACAUUCAGUUACUGGUAGUUGUUAAAGGAACAGUGUUUUGUACAUACACUAAUAGAUUAUCAUUAUUUUGGUUUUUAGUUCAACAGCAACAUUUACUGUGCCAUUUUAAUAUGUAUUUAUUUACUAAAUGUAUUUGUGUUAUUUAGGUUGAUUCAGAGUAUUCAUCCUUUUAAAAUGUGUUGCUUGAAUAUAGAAGAGCGCCACUGUGCGAAAACCAGCGUCAGGGCUUUGCGACCAGUAUGGAUUCAAAUCAGCCUGCACAUUAAUGCAAUCUCAUCUGGAUCCAUACUGGUUGCUUAUCAGCUGCAUGCAAGUGCUAAAAUGGAAAAACGAACAGUACGGAUGUGGUGAUAAACAAACAGUAUGGAUGUCGAGAUAAACAAACAGUAUGGAUUUAGAGGUAAAUGAACAGUAUGGAUAUGUUCUGAUCUGGAUUUGCUGAUCAGAGCCCAAUGUUGGCUUUUGCACAGUGGCACUUGGAUGUAUUAGUAUGUUACAGAUUGUUUUUCUAGCUUAUCAUUUGGUAGUUUCUUGUGUUGAUGUUACUGAAUCUCGUGGGAUAUAUUUUGUUUCUAACCAGUCUUAUUUUUAUUUAUACAUUAGGAUACUACAUGCUUGUUUCUGUGAGCAGGGAACUAUGAUAUUUUUACUGCAAGAGAUUCAUAUUUAUGUCUGAAAAUGCAGAUAGGGAAAUGUCUGGGUCCUGAUUAUUACAGGUUUUUUUUUUCACAUUUAAGAAAGUAAACUCUUAAAAUUGAAACGAAGCAAUUUGUUUCAAAUUUCAGUAUUUUUUUAGCAUCGUUUGAGUGGUUUUCAUGUGGAAAUGUAAUUAAAUAUAUCUUGCCAUAACAAACUUUACUUAUAUCCUAGUCUCUAGAAGUAUGAAUAUACAUUAUUUGAUCUUUUUAUUCUUAUUUAUCUUAACACUUGUUUGGAAAAUGUGUGAGAAUAAAGUGCAUUUAUUUUAUAUUUGGACUAUUUUCCACACCAACAGCAUGACUAGUUUUUUUUUGCAAAGCUUCUAUAUACUGGUGCCCAUACUCAUCAGUGUUUUAAUUCUGAAAGACAUUGUGCCUGAAAUCAUUCGUCCUCCACCUCUGAUUCAUGUGGGGACGUUGGAAGUUACUUAUAGAGAACAGGUUUGUACUGUUACAGAAUCCAGGAACACCGAGUAAGGUUAACUGCUCGCCAUUACAGAACUGAAAUACUGUUGAAAUGGAGUUAAUCCCAAAACAAACAAACCAACACAUAUGUUACAUGAAUUUAAGAUUCUGGAACUUUUCAUUCAGAAGUUUUAUAACAUGUUAUGGAUAUUCAUUUUCAUUUUACUCUGCAAUUUAAUGGAAAUGACUAUAUUACAUGAAUUUGUUCGUCUAGAACUAUUUAGACAGGUUGUAAAACAUCCAUGUACAUAGAAAUCCAGAGAGUUUUUGCAAUUUACUGUGCAAUUAUAUUGACUAGUCUGUAUUGAUCAUACACAUAAUACACCUCAGCAAAUAGUGUAUAAAGCAUAUCCUGUAUUUUGUGGGAAAUCUCAUCAUGAAGCUCUUGAAAUUGAUACUGAACAGGAAAUUGUUAGACAAGACUAACAGAAUACAGUAUUUGCUGAUGUUUAUUGUGGGUAUAAUACUUCAGUCCAUGCUAUAUGUCUCAAAUAGUUUACUUACAAAGCAUUUAUCAUUCAUUUACCUAUUAUUUUAUGUUUAAUCAGCUUAGAUAAAUUCUUGUGAAGUUUCUUGUGGUGACAACUUGCAGUACAUAAACUUCGGUUCACACUCAGAAAAGUUGUUUUCAUAAAAAGGGUAUUCCUGAUGAAGUAGGGUAUACCCAACGAUCAAACCAGUCUGGGGCAGCAAUGCCUCCAAUACAGCAACAAUGUAACUUAGUUCUUUCACCUGGAAAACAGUAUAGAGACAGAUGCAGGUUUGCAUCAGUUUCCUUAAUGUUUGAGCCAAAAGAAAUUGGUGAAUAAUGAAUACACAAAAACAUUCGUUUUAACAUUAAGUCAUUAUAUAUUUUUUAAUCAUGAAGAAAAGGAAAUCCCAAGAAGCUUAACAAGAGUUUUUAAGCCUAUAUGGGGGUGGGGGAGGGGGAGUUAUAUAGUCACAAAGGUAUUGCUUGCAAUAUUUGGUUAGUUAACAGUACAGUGCAACAUUUUUAAUAAAUGCAUCAUCUUAACAACAUCUCAUAGUGUUUCUCCACUUGUUGCAUUUAUUUUUACGAGGGAUUUCCAUUUACACUAAAACCUAUAUUUCUUGUUAAAUACAUUGAAUAUAAUGUAAUGGAACCUGUUAAACAUGUUUAUCAUUGUUACAGUGCAUCUGUGUCAAGUAUUUUUGUGUAAAAUAAUGUGUAGCAGGGAUUUGGUAACUCUAUUUACUUCAUUACUGUGUAACCAGGUAGUGUCCACAUGCAGGUUCUUAUGCAAGUUUUACGAACUGGAUAAAAUGGUUCCAUUGAUUGUCAUAGUAAUGUCAACACUGUGGAUCCACAUGAUAUCCUAAUGUCUGCAAGGGACUGAUAUGUGCUAGUUACUAGUUUAUAUGGUUUUAUUUACUGUUAAAAAUGUAAAACCUGAGAAGCAAAUAUUUGGCAAAAUCUGGAAUAAUUUGUACGCUUCCCCUUUUAUCCAGAUAAUUUAUAUCCAUGUAGCGUCUGGUUAGAAAUCCAGAAAUAAGGUCUGGUUAACAAAUCAAAAUAUCAAAAUCUUAUUCCUUUUUUUGAAAUGGCAUUUAGUAAAAUGUAAAUUCAACAAACAUGUUUAACGUAAAUAUUGAACCUCUGAACACAAUUUCUCUCAACAUUUCAUUUUUAAGUGUAUAUAUUCUUAUUUAUUUGUUGUACCAAUAAUUUCAAAGUGAUAAGUUUGGAGUAGUCAAUCAGAAAGUGAUGUUUUACACUAUUGUUAUUUGUAUGGUUCUAAUUCUUGUUAUAUUGGUUGUAUAAUAAUUCUUGAGGGAAUAAAAAACCUAAUACAAUAUAAUUA